UCGGAUAAUGAUCCAGAGAAAGAGAAGAAAAAUAGAAAAAAGAAGCAAAACAUAGCAAAUGUGGCAUUGAUUUAGUGCAUAUUUAACUAGUUAACUACUCCAUACAACAAGCUUGGGCGCGCUUUCACGUGGUAUCGCCACGGCGGUUCAAUUUUCAGUCUCAUUCGUUCUUCCCUAACUCUCGCGCAAAAGGGUCAAAAGCAUAUAUAUACAUGUCACGGAUUCAUCGCAUGAAAAUUAUAGAUCGAUAUAUGCAUAUUUCCGUUGUACAGUAUUCUCGAUAUCUCAGCAAUUGCCGCUCAAUUCUCAUACCUCAUAGGGUGGGAAUCAAACCAACACAUCCACCCCAUUCCCUCCUGAGAAGACCAAUGCCUCCAAAACGGCGCCAAUCGACGACUGUUGUCGCGACCGCUACGCCCAACGAACUUAGUCAAAAUGAUGCCAAAAAGCCACGAUUGAGUAGCCGGAACCCUGUUUCACCUGUAGCACAAACGGCUGCCUCUUCGCGACCUAAACGCGCUAGUCGCGCGCACGCUGGAAAGGAAUACUCAGCAUCAGAGCCGUCCGAAGGUAUUAGGAAACGGGCCAGCGGUGCCAAUGCCGGGAAAACGAAACAGGAAGAAGCUACAACAAAGGCAAAACAACAUGGAUCUGGAGCUGUUGUAUCAUUGAACGGCAUAGAGACCGAACCAAAAAACAAAAACACAGUAGAUGAGACCCAGGAUGAAGCAGACGACACGAAAUCCCACUGGCUGAUGAAAGCAGAACCGGAAUCAAGGAUAGAGAAGGGCAUCGAUGUCAGGUUCUCUAUCGAUGAUUUGCGAGGGGCGAGUGAGCCAGAGCCUUGGGACGGCGUACGAAACCCAACUGCGCGAAAUAACAUGCGCGCCAUGAAGAAAGGAGAUUUGGCAUUCUUUUAUCAUUCAAACUGCAAGGUUCCUGGAAUAGCUGGAAUCAUGGAAAUUGUCCGGGAACAUUCUGUCGACGAAUCGGCAUUCGACCCCGCACACCCAUAUUACGAUCCAAAGUCGAACCGCGAGAAUCCUAAAUGGGAACUUGUUCACGUGGAGUUCAGGCGAAAAUUCAGGGAUCUUAUCACACUGGCUGAGCUGAAGUCGUUUGCGAAACCAGGCGGACCGUUAGAGAAUAUGCAGAUGAUGAAGCAAUCGCGGUUAAGCGUGUCUGCCGUGAAUGGUAAGGAGUGGAGAUUCAUCAUGGGUUUGGCUGGAGAGGAGUGA